AUGGAAAUCGGAGACCAAAAUAUUGUCGAAGUUGGAGCAGCGAUUUAUGCUCCACGAAUCGGCAACAACAACGUACUGCACGUCCAGUGUGAAGUCGGUCCACACAGUUGUGUUAGCAAUGGUUGUUCUGUUGGAGUACGAUGUAAACUACUUGCCAAGGAAACUCUUCCUGAACGAACGGUCAUCUAUGGGAAAUGGAACGAACGUCGAGUAGCCAAUGAUAAUCCGCCUGUUCCCCAAGGUCAACUUGAAGUACUGCGGAGAUUACUACCAUCGUAUCACUAUCUUCAAAAGUCAAAAGCAUAA